UCUCUCUGAGAGAUCUAUCCACAGGUUUACCAGAAGGGCUUUUUGUUUUCCAGCUUUCUGUAUUUUCUGAUCAGUUUUUGGACGAAACAAUCCAGACAUGUUGAUCUUUAGUAUCUCUCAUGGAGUUGUUUGAAAAGGAUGACAAAAAGUGUUUAAAAGAUUGUGCGCAGAUCUUAUUCUCAGCCUUUAGGAUGAAAUGAGCUGCAGUGGAUUUGUUUUUUUUCUUCACCACAGGCGGACUCCAGAUUUCUUUUUCUUCGCUUUUUUCUUCUUUUGAUGAUCAUUUAAUCAUCGUUUAUUUGAGGCGACCAUGCCGAUGAAACGCAGCUGCAGUGAGAAUCCAGCCAGAGACGGAGUGUUUCUUAUUCACUCUCUCACGAAGACUUUGUGCAGCUCACCUGAGGAAACGCACGCAAACUUUAACAAACAGACGCACUUUCAUCUGGAGGAUGAUUCUGGGAUUAAAUCAGAGGCAGAGGACAGUAACGAGACGCCGUCCUCUGAGGAAGACCAGGACCUGGUGGACUUUAACCCCGACCUGACCAUCGCAGAGAGCAUCUCGUCGUCCAGGAAGACCAUCAGUCAGAUCAUCAAGGACAAGAAGAAACAAACACAGCUCACUCUGCAGUGGCUGGAGGAGAACUACAUCGUGUGUGAAGGAGUGUGUCUGCCUCGGUGUAUCCUCUACGCUCACUAUCUGGACUUCUGCAGGAAGGAGAAACUGGAGCCGGCCUGCGCCGCCACAUUCGGAAAGACGAUACGACAGAAGUUUCCUCUUCUGACAACAAGAAGGCUGGGCACCCGAGGACACUCCAAGUAUCACUACUACGGAAUUGGCAUCAAAGAGAGCAGCGCUUACUAUCACUCGGUGUACUCUGGAAAAGGUUUGACCAGGUUUUCAGGAAGCAAGCUAAAGAACGAGGGAGGUUUCACCAGGAAGUACUCUCUGAGCUCUAAAACUGGGACUUUGCUGCCAGACUUCCCCAACGCUCAGCACCUUCUGCUGGAGGGAAACAUCUCCAGAGAGAAGGUGGACACUCUGAUCAUGAUGUAUAAAACACACUGUCAGUGCAUCCUGGACAACGCCAUCAACGUCAACUUUGAGGAGAUCCAGAAUUUUCUGCUCCAUUUCUGGCAGGGGAUGCCCGACCACCUGCUGCCGCUGCUGGAGAACCCCGUGAUAGUCGACAUCUUCUGUGUCUGCGACUCCAUUCUCUAUAAGGUUUUAACAGAUGUCCUGAUUCCUGCUACGAUGCAAGAGAUGCCUGAAAGUCUGUUGGCAGAUAUCCGCAACUUUGCCAAACACUGGGAGCACUGGCUAGCCUCCUCCCUGGAGAACCUCCCAGAAUGCCUUGCAGCCAAGAAACUGCCAAUCGCACGCCACUUUGUGUCCUCCCUGAAGAGGCAGACCUCGUUCUUACACCUGGCACAGAUAGCUCGUCCAGCGCUGUUCGACCAGGCCGUCGUGACCAGCAUGGUGUCGGACAUCGACAACGUGGAUCUCAGCAGCAUCAGCUCUCAGCCUCUGCUCAGUGUGAACACAACGGCAGACCAAGACCCGGACAUCUACUCAGAGUAUGAUUCCAUCAGCGUCUUUCAGGAGCUGAAGGAGCUGCUGAGGAAGAACGCCACAGUGGAGUCCUUCAUCGAGUGGUUGGACUCUGUGGUGGAGCAUAAAGUCAUCAAGCCCGGUAAGCAGAGCGGUCGGUCGGUGAAGAAGCGAGCUCAGGAUUUCCUCCUCAGGUGGAGUUUUUUCGGGGCCAGAGUGAUGCACAACCUCACGCUCAACAACGCCUCCAGCUUCGGUUCCUUCCACCUGAUCAGGAUGCUGCUGGACGAGUACAUCCUGCUCGCUCUGGAGACUCAGUUCAACAACGACAAGGAGCAGGCCCUGCGGAACCUGCUGGACAAAUACAUGAAAAACGCAGAUGCCAGUAAAGCCGCGUUCAUGGCUUCUCCUAGCUCCUGCUUUCUAGCCAAUCGUAACAAAGCCAGUGUUGCCGUCGACCAAUCGGUGAAGAACGAGUCCCUGGGAGGCCACGCCUACAUGUCUCUGUCAACCAAUCAGCAGCACCAAAGUCUGGAAACCAACACUGUCAUUUACCAGGGGGCGGAACCUGCAGGGUUUACAGUUUCAGGUGUGCAGAUGGACUUCUCUCAGGUGAGCGGCCCCCUCAUGACGCCCCCCAUCUCUCCGGCAGCGUUAGUGCACCGAGGCUCCGUCAUCAACCAGGGGCCCAUGACAGGGAGACCCCUGACGUCUACGUCUUCGUCCUCCACCUGCUCCUCCGCCUCUUCCUCCUGCCUGUCUUCGCUCAGUGCCAUGACCCAGCCAAGCCCCUGCUCUUCUUACCCGGAGACCCUGUAUCACUGCUUACCUCAGACCAGCUCCAGUUACUUCCCUCCUGUCAGCAGCUCCUCGGCCUCCAACUACCAGAGUGCUCUCAGGCCUCAGACUCAGACUCAGUGUCUGUCUGCAGCUCAGUCUCAGGCCUCAUCGCUGGCCUACCAUCUCUCUCGGUACCCGUCCUUCAACGACCAGCACCUGAAUAAAGACGUCUUCUACAGCCACCAUCACUCGUCCAACAGCUCCACCUGCUCCCUCACCCCUUAUAACACCGCGGUCAGACCCACAUCGGGGUACAGCACGGGCUCUGAUCCGGUUCAGACUGAACAGGGACUGGACGCACAGACAGCGGCUCAGAUUCUGGACUCUGCAGAGGGGUUCGGCUUUGUGGGGGCUGGACUGAACAACACAGGCGGGGGAUGUCAGGGACAGACGUACUCUGCAGCGGGACAUGGAGGUUUCUUCGGCAACAGCGGUUACCUGGACAGCCAGCGCAUGACAUCACUGGUGGACCAGCACGUGUCUGUGAUCAGCACGGUGAGCAGCCUGCGCCCGUCGUCAGCUUACUCUGAGGUCCACGAUCCGCUCAACAUCCUGGACGAGCCGGGGAGGAAAACGACGGGAGCUUAUUUUACCCAGGCUGAAACUGGGACAGAUCAUUCCCUCCCCUCGUCAGGAUCUGCUCCCUGCAUGUUUGGAGUUUCCUCGCCCUUCACCUCCCAGGAUGCACUGCUCUCCCAGCAGCGUGGGCCUUCAUCCUCUGAGUCAGACCUGGUGUCUUCACUUCCCCCCAUCAACACCGUCUUCAUGGGAGCAGGUGGAGUACAAUGACCCAGAAGCCCACAGCACAUGAUGCACAAAAGCAGUGCAGGGUUUGUAUAAAAUCAAGGACAUCUGAACGAGUGAGAGACGAGAACACAUGGAACAUUUAAAACUGGAGGAUCUUAACUCUGAAGUAAAGUAUGAACUUAAGUGACAGGAGCCGAGAU